AGAGAGAGAGAGAGAGAGAGAGAGAGAGAGACUGCCUGGGCAUUAUUUGGGCUUCUCGGUGCGGACUGAGGUAUAAAGUCUUUCCGGGGCGGGGAUGGUGAGGGACCUUCUCGGCUCUGCUGCACCUCCAGUUCAACAUGAGAGGGUGUGGGGCGGCGGAACAGCCUCGUCUUUAACGACGCCGUCCCUCCUCUGAUUCCGCUCGUGGAUUUUCGGCGCAGGUGAAGAAGACGAUGGAGGAUGCAACUAAAUGAAAGAAAAAAAAACCUAACAACCCGAUCCAUGGAGAUGGUGAUACCGACGUUUCCAAAGAAAACGGUAUUUUUUUCUACCCUUCUUUAUUUUUUACUGGAGAUUUCUAUAAAUAAUCACAGAAACCUGAUUUCCUAAAUCAGACUAAUGUCAGAUUUCCUCUGCCGUCGAGGCUUGGAGCGCACUCAUCCAGCAGCUGUAGGGUGGCAGGAGCCACAUCACUGCCACACACUAUCAAACAUUGCGGAUGUUUCCAAAUAAAUAAAUAAUUGGACCUCUUUCUCCUUUUUAUUCCAUGUCUCUUUUCUAAAAAAAGAAUCAUUUCCAAAAUAUUGAUUAUUAAUUUUUUCUGCUGAGGCCUGGAUUUGUGUCUGAUCGCCGUUCCGCUGCUAUGACUGGAGAAAUUAGUGGACUGGAAAGGUGCAGGAACAUCUGCUGCGCUCUGACUCGAGCAUCAUGAAGCGUUGACUCGCCAGGAAUUCAUGUUUCAUCGUGCUUCAUGUGGACACAAGACCCACGGUGAGAGCGUUUCAUUUCCUCACACCCGCAGCUGGCCGCUGGCAGAGACACACCGAGUUUGCUGAAACCGAGAGCCGCCGGUGCUUCAGCGGUGGUAGCAGCAGCUCCGAAACCCGUUGUGCUUAUGAGACGUUCGGAUCCAGAUGAGAUGUAAUGUUGUGUGGCCACACAGCUGAGCAUUGGUCUCCUUCUUCUCCGCUGCUUCGUGAAGAUUGGUGUCUAAGAUCGGUGUCCACAGAAUGGCGCGGUUCGGAGACGAGGUGCCGGCCAGGUACGGCGGAGGCCUCGGCGGAGGGGGCCCGGGGGGGCGCGGUGGUAGCAGGCAAGGCGGGCCCCACGGACACGGUCAUGGUCACGGGCACGGGCACGGACACGGUCCGCCUGGAGGACCCGGGACCCAGAGAAUGUACAAGCAGUCCAUGGCGCAGAGAGCCCGGACGAUGGCCCUCUAUAACCCCAUCCCCGUGCGCCAGAACUGCUUCACCGUCAACCGCUCGCUCUUCAUCUUCAGCGAGGACAACUUCGUGAGAAAGUACGCCAAAAAGAUCACAGAAUGGCCUCCGUUUGAGUGGAUGAUUCUAGCCACCAUCAUUGCCAACUGUAUCGUCCUGGCUCUGGAGCAGCAUUUGCCUGAAGGAGACAAGACGCCGCUGUCCGAACGGCUGGAUGAUACAGAGCCAUACUUCAUUGGGAUCUUCUGCUUUGAGUCUGGAAUUAAGAUCCUGGCUCUUGGUUUCGCCUUCCACAAGAACUCUUACCUGAGAAACGGGUGGAACGUUAUGGACUUUGUGGUGGUGCUUACAGGGAUUCUGUCCACUGUGGGUUCAGAUUUCGACUUGCGGACCCUUCGGGCUGUGAGGGUAUUGAGGCCUCUCAAACUGGUGUCCGGUAUACCCAGCUUGCAGGUGGUGCUCAAGUCCAUCAUGAAGGCCAUGAUUCCUCUGCUGCAAAUUGGCCUGCUUCUUUUUUUUGCCAUCCUCAUGUUUGCCAUCAUCGGUCUGGAGUUCUACAUUGGAAAAUUCCACCAAACCUGCUUUGACAAUAUCACAGGUUCAGGCGAGAUCCGAGAGGAGUUUCCGUGUGGCGAUGAACCUCCUUCUCGGCUGUGUCCAGAAGGCACUGUUUGUAGAGGAUACUGGUUGGGACCAAACUAUGGCAUCACCCAGUUUGACAACAUCCUGUUUGCAAUUCUCACCGUCUUCCAGUGCAUCACCAUGGAGGGCUGGACAGAUCUACUAUACUACAGCAACGAUGCCUCAGGGAGUGCGUGGAACUGGAUGUACUUCAUUCCCUUAAUCAUCAUUGGCUCCUUCUUCAUGCUCAACCUGGUGCUUGGUGUGUUGUCAGGAGAGUUUGCCAAAGAAAGAGAGCGAGUGGAGAACAGGAGGGAGUUCCUGAAGCUCAGAAGGCAGCAGCAGAUUGAAAGGGAACUCAACGGUUACCUCGAAUGGAUCUGCAAGGCUGAAGAAGUCAUCUUGGCGGAUGACGAAAAUGAAAACGAUUAUGAUGGUUCUCGAAGGAGAGCCACAAAGAACCAUAAGAGCAAAGCGGAGCUUCUUAACCCAGAAGAGGGGGAGGUGGACCUGGCAGUAGGUUCGCCGUUCGCCCGAGCCAGCCUGAAGAGCUCAAAACUGGAAGGGUCAACGUUCAAGCGGCGGGAGCGCAGAUUUCGCUUCUUCGUCCGGCGUGUUGUUAAGUCCCAGGCCUUUUACUGGACCGUUCUGUGUUUGGUGGGCCUGAACACUCUGUGUGUGGCUGUAGUGCACUACGACCAGCCGGAACCACUGUCAGAUUUUCUAUCCUAUGCCGAAUUCCUCUUUCUGGGGAUUUUCCUGACAGAGAUGUGUGUGAAGAUGUACGGCCUGGGCAAACAGGCCUACCUCAACUCCUCCUUCAACUGCUUCGACUGCAUCGUCAUAAGUGGCAGCAUUUUUGAGGUGUUGUGGUCCAUCAUCCAGCCGGGCACAUCGUUUGGCAUCAGCGUGCUCCGAGCUCUCAGGUUAUUAAGAAUCUUCAAAGUGACCAAAUACUGGGCAUCGCUGCGUAACCUCGUUGUCUCUCUGCUCAACUCCAUGAAGUCUAUCAUCAGCUUGCUCUUCCUGCUCUUCCUCUUUAUCGUUGUCUUUGCCCUCCUGGGAAUGCAGCUCUUUGGAGGACAAUUUAAUUUCGAUAGCGGCACCCCUCCGACCAAUUUCGACACCUUCCCAGCAGCAAUAAUGACUGUGUUUCAGAUUCUGACUGGCGAGGACUGGAACAUGGUGAUGUACGAUGGCAUCCAGUCUCAGGGCGGAGUUAACAAAGGAAUGGCGUUCUCUGUCUUCUUCAUCGUGCUCACACUUUUUGGGAACUACACUCUGCUUAAUGUAUUCUUGGCUAUCGCUGUUGACAAUUUGGCCAACGCACAAGAACUGACCAAGGAUGAACAGGAGGAAGAGGAGGCUGCCAGUCAAAAGAUUGCCUUGCAGAAAGCAAAGGAGGUGGCUGAAGUCAGCCCAUUGUCAGCCGCCAACCUCUCCAUUGCAGCUAAAGAGCAACAGAAGAACCACAAUAAAGGGAUCAGUAAGUCAGUGUGGGAACAGCGCACCAAGGAGCUGAGGAAGCAGACUCUGGCAUCCAGCCGAGAGGCCCUCUACAAUGAGCUGGACCCUGAUGACCGCUGGAAGAUCAAUUUUUCACAUCACAUCCGUCCGGACAUGAAAACCCAUCUGGAUAGGCCCUUAGUUGUUGACCCCCGCGAAAACCGAAACAACAACACCAACAAGACCACUGCCAACAAUUCAGACCUCUGUGUUAGUCAGCAACAUCCUGCUGAUGAACUCAACAAGCAAACAAGGCUUCAAGAGCUCCACGGCCAACAAAGUGGUGGUGGUGGGGGAGGCUCCGACCUACCGAGGCCUCCUCUUGAUCGAGGGGAGUCCACAGAGAGCAGACGGAGUCGUAGAGGUGAGCAUCAUCACAAGUCUCAUGUCCGACUGGAUGCUACAGUCAUUCCUGGGCCGGACUUAGAGGAGAGGCCAGCCAGACGUCAUCACCACACUCGAAGCGGCAGCCAUGGGGGUGGACAGUCAGAGCACAGGAGGUCCAGAUCACAUAGAAAAACGGCAGAUGAUGCAGAAGAUGGUGGUGGAUGUGCUGGUAAACAUGGAAGACAUAGGAGUAAAGGGAUAGUGGGAGGUGGUGAAGGGCAUCAGGAAGGAGCUGGUGAUGGUUGUGAGAGGAAGCCAAGAAGAAGUCGGCAUGGCAAUCAAUCGGAGGGAGAAGGGAGGAGAAUGUGCCAACACAGACGCAAGGAAUGCAGUGUCCCAAAUCUCUCUACAACGAGACCCAUCCAGAAGACCCUGUCCAGGCAGAACAGUCAGUACAGCGAGGAUAUGGACAACCUCAUGAAUACCAAACUUGUUUCUGGCUCUCCUCCACCCAACGAAGGUCACAAUAAUCCACUAGCCAACCACACUAUGGCUCCUGCCUUUGGCUCUGCUCUCCAUCUUGCUAAAAGUGGGACUCAUGGAAGUCUUGUCAGGUUAGAUAGCUAUGGGAACAUAGGACAUCACCGUACACACAGUGUAAUCAGGCUCCCUCACCCUGACUACACAGCCGUGGACAUGCCAAUCUUUCCAUCUAUCAAUGCCAUACUGCAAGUCAACAAGAAUGCCAACACUGAACCUCCUCCAGCUAAGGAGGAUAAAGAUGAUGAUGACGACAAGGGAGGUGAAGGAGGACCCAGGCCCAUGCCUCCAUACAGCUCCAUGUUCAUCUUGUCCACCACCAACCCCUUUCGAAGGGCAUGCCACUACAUCUGCACCCUGCGAUAUUUCGAGAUGUGCAUCCUGCUGGUUAUUGCCAUGAGCAGCAUUGCUUUGGCUGCUGAAGAUCCCGUCUGGCCUGAUUCUCCACGAAACAACGUACUUCGCUAUUUUGACUAUGUCUUUACGGGAGUGUUUACAUUUGAAAUGCUGAUAAAGAUGGUGGAUCUGGGGUUGGUCUUGCACCAGGGCUCCUAUUUCCGGGACUUGUGGAACAUCCUUGACUUUAUAGUGGUUAGUGGUGCUCUGGUGGCCUUUGCCUUCACGGGGAGCAGUAAAGGAAAAGACAUCAGUACAAUCAAGUCCCUGAGGGUUUUGCGAGUGUUACGUCCUUUAAAGACUAUCAAGCGUCUUCCCAAACUCAAGGCCGUUUUUGACUGUGUGGUGAACUCUCUGAAGAAUGUGCUGAACAUCCUGAUUGUCUACCUACUCUUCAUGUUCAUUUUUGCGGUGGUGGCUGUGCAGCUCUUCAAAGGGCGCUUCUUUUACUGCACUGAUGAAUCCAAAGAGUUUGAGCGUGACUGCAGAGGCGAGUAUUUGGUGUAUGAACGUGAUAACGAAGUGAGGGCGCAGAAGCGGGAGUGGAAGAAAUACGAUUUCCACUAUGACAACGUGGCUUGGGCCCUUCUCACCCUCUUCACUGUUUCCACUGGAGAGGGGUGGCCGCAGGUGCUAAAACAUUCAGUGGAUGCGACCUAUGAGAAUCAGGGCCCAAGCCCGGGAUACCGGAUGGAAAUGUCCAUCUUUUACGUGGUGUACUUCGUGGUCUUCCCCUUCUUCUUCGUCAACAUUUUCGUUGCUCUCAUUAUCAUCACCUUCCAAGAACAAGGAGACAAAAUGAUGGAGGAUUACAGUUUAGAAAAGAAUGAGAGAGCCUGUAUAGACUUUGCCAUCAACGCCAAGCCUCUGACACGCCACAUGCCUCAGAACAAGCUGAGCUUUCAGUAUCGGAUGUGGGAGUUUGUGGUGUCACCACCGUUUGAAUACACGAUCAUGGCUAUGAUUGCACUCAACACCAUAGUUCUGAUGAUGAAGUAUGACGGAGCAUCUCUCACCUAUGAAAACGUGCUAGCCAACCUGAACAUAGUGUUUACCUCUCUCUUCUCCUUGGAGUGUGUACUCAAGAUCAUUGCCUUUGGAGCUCUGAAUUAUUUCAAAGACGCCUGGAAUAUUUUUGACUGUGUGACAGUUCUGGGCAGCAUCACCGACAUCCUGGUUACGGAGCUUGGGGAUAAUUUCAUCAACCUAAGUUUCCUGAGGCUGUUCAGGGCAGCUCGUCUCAUCAAGCUGCUGAGGCAGGGAGAAACCAUCCGCAUCCUGCUCUGGACCUUUGUUCAGUCUUUCAAGGCGCUGCCUUAUGUCUGCCUUCUCAUUGCCAUGCUGUUUUUCAUCUACGCUAUUAUCGGGAUGCAGCUGUUUGGAAAUAUUGCAAUAGAAGAAGAUGGAGAGAGCGCCAUUAACCAGCACAACAACUUCAGGACCUUUGUGCAAGCUCUGAUGCUUCUUUUUAGGAGCGCGACAGGAGAGGCGUGGCAUGAGAUCAUGCUGGCAUGUCUGGGGAAUAAGGAGUGUGACCCCCUAUCAGGGAAUACAGAUAAAGAAUGUGGCAGCCAGGUUGCCUACCUCUACUUUGUCUCCUUCAUCUUCUUCUGUUCAUUUUUGAUGCUGAAUCUGUUUGUAGCAGUCAUCAUGGACAACUUUGAGUACCUGACUAGAGAUUCAUCAAUCCUGGGACCUCAUCACCUGGAUGAAUAUGUAAGGAUAUGGGCCGAGUAUGAUCCAGCUGCCUGCGGGCGAAUACAUUAUAAGGACAUGUACAGUUUAUUACGAGUUAUCGACCCGCCUCUUGGCUUAGGCAAGAAAUGCCCCCAUAGGGUGGCCUGCAAGAGACUCCUCCGUAUGGAUCUGCCUGUGGCCGAUGACAACACAGUCCACUUCAACUCCACUCUCAUGGCUUUGAUCCGCACAGCGCUGGAUAUCAAGAUCGCCAAGGGUGGUAUUGACAAGCACCAGAUGGACGCGGAGCUGAGGAAAGAGAUGAUGGCGAUCUGGCCCAACCUCUCCCAGAAAGCUCUGGAUCUGCUGGUUACGCCGCACAAGGCCACCGACCUGACAGUGGGGAAAAUAUACGCUGCCAUGAUGAUCAUGGAGUACUACCGGCAGAGCAAGAUAAAACGCUCACAGGCUCUUCGUGACGAGCAGAAUCGAACGCCAUUACUGUUUCAGCGUGUAGAACCACCUACCCCGUCUCAGGACGGGGGUCCGGGACUUAACAACACCCUGCCUCCACCUGAAACGAUGGACACCGAAAACAGCUUGCCAGUGGAGGGCAGGAUCCCAGAAAGCCAGUCAUGGGUGACGGCUCGUGCCAAGGAGAUGUCCCAGAAGGUUGGCAGCUGGAGCCCUGAUGGCCACUCCCUUGAAGGCCUGGGAGUCAUGUCCAACUCUCAGACGGUAGAGAUGAAGGAGAUGGGGCAGGAUGGUAACACGGAUACUGAGCACUUUCCACCAAUGGAAGGCCACGGCAGGGCCGCUUCCAUGCCUCGCCUACCAGGCGACAACCAACGGAGGAAAGGGAAGCACCGUGGCAAUAACCUCAGUAUCAUCAACGACAGCAGCCCCAUGAAACGGUCCGCUUCGUCUCUGGGCCACAGCAGGUCGGGGCGGGGCCACAGAGAUAAAGGAGGGGCAGAUGAUUACAACAUGGAUAAUGUGAUACCUGAGGAGGGCCGACCUUACAGACACGGACACCGCCGUAAAGACCGAAGUCACAGAGCUUCUGAGAGAUCCCUGUGUUGCUACAACGAUGACAUGGGUAGGAGAUUUCAACAAAAUCAUUUAGUUUCUCUUCAUAAAUGUGAUGUGUGGUCAUGUUUUUUAUUUCUUUACCAUGAUCUUACCUCUAUCACCAGGCUUGGCCAGCCUGGUGACAAGGACAAGGAUCGAGGUCGGUCUAAAGACCGUAAGCACCACCACCAUCAUCACCAUCACCACGGCUCUGUGGACAAAGAGCGCUACGUAGCAGAGCGAGGGGGCGAAUAUGGACACCGGCAUUCCCGGGACCAAGAGCACGACCGGGAAAGGGAUAGAGAAAGGGAUCGGCGCUGGUCACGUUCACCCAGCGAGGGUCGAGAGUGCGUCACACACAGACAGGGCAGUAGUUCAGUCAGUGGAAGUCCUGUCCCGUCGACCUCCGGAACCAGUACUCCACGCAGAGGCCGUCGACAGUUGCCUCAGACCCCUGCUACCCCCCGGCCCCAUGUAACCUACUCCCCAGUAGUCCGUAAGCCCAUACCCACACCUCCUGGCGGCCCGCAGAGCAGACCUCCAGCCCCAGGCUCUCGACACUUUUCUCCAGAACCUUUCCAAGGACAGGGUCCACCUCCAGGUGGAAUCCCCGCUGCCCAUCAUGGCCCUCCCCGCCAGGGUCAUCUCCCACCACCGCGCUGGGGAGACUCGGGCAGUGGAGGUGGUUCCAUUGAAGGGGAUGGCUGCUUCUACAACCAGGAAUUCCAGGACUAUGACCCGCACCACGAACCACCUGCCUACGAGCCAAGCCCCAUGCAGGGUGGAAACCCCCACCCGCAUGCCCUGGCCAACCACCCACUGCCACCCCCCACACAACCGCAGCCUCAUAACCCCCACCCCCUCCCUCCUCCACAGUCUCACCCCACUAACAACCCCCACUUGCAGCCCACUCGAACCUCCCCAAGGACCGUCCACCACACGUCUCCUCCCACCACUGCCCUGACUGGGCCUGUGCAGAGCCAGGUCCAGCCCGCUGCCGCCCAGCGUCGCCUACCCAAUGGCUACCGAUCUUCAUCACCCUCCACACAUCUCCAUGGACCCCCACACACUGGGCCCCAUAAGGUUCCCCCUCCAGCUGGGCAUCCUAGGGGCUCUCGGAAGGGCCUGCAUGAACCCUACGGUGAGACAGAGGAAGAUGAUUGGUGCUAGCCUUUGGGGUUGGGGGAGGGAUGUAAGGAUGAACACUGAUAGUUGGAUUUUUAGAAAAAAUUGAAAAGCUCUGAGCCAGAGCAGUGACUGCCAAGGGAUACCACAACUUUUAUUUCUUGUCUGUUCAUUGGUUUCCUCACCAACUCCUUCGGCGGUCCCAGGGAUGUUUUACCUGGUGAAAGAAUAGGUAUCAAGAUAAGAGAACGAAACAAGUCAGAAUCCGGAGAAACAAGAAGUGAAUAGACAUUUCUUGCAUUGUUUUUCCAUCCUCUCUUGAUGCCAAAAGAGACCAAGCUCAUAAAUUGCAGAUUGUAAGGACAGCAGGAGGAAUGAUGGACACUACUCUUUGUGUCUUAAUUUAUGCCUCUGGCAAUGAGCUAUAGCCACUUACAAGAUGUCAAGAGUUGCGACUCGAUAAAAGACACUUUAUAGUCAGAGACAAAGGAGCAACCUUUUAUUUGUUUUUAUUUUCUUGCUUUUCUUUUUCAAGGCUAACUUUUGAUAAGUUGACUGCAAAGAAAAAAGGAAUCCAAUCCAACCCUCCCAGCCACCAGUUGAAUAUUGAUGAGUUUUAUCAUCUGUGUUUUUAAAUAAAAUACAAAAACUGACAAAUAGACACCCCCCCCCCCCCCCAAACCACCACCUGUAUGAGGUGGGAGGAGCUAAGUGGGGGAGUGUUGACAAAAAUCUCUGUCCAGUGUGAAAGAAAAGGUGUGUUGAUGAUGCUUAACACACUCCUGCCAGAGACAAAACACUUCAACCGACCUCAGUCUAUAAGAAAAGAAAAAAAUAAACUGCGGGGAUGGAUUUCAGAAACAACAAAUAACUGUUUCCUGUAGUAUUUCUUCUACUCCUGCAGCCGCUGUUCCCCCCUCCUCCUCCUCCUCCUCUUCUACUUCUUCAAAACAUCGAAGCUUGAAUCUGCUGUUGCACCCCACACAGCUUCGCUUUUCUUUUCUUUUUUAGACUUGCGAAGUUGUACACCUUAUGGAAUCCUGCAUGAAUGAUACAAAAGAAUACUAUAGCAGAAAUGAGAAUCUACUGUCUCGGGAGGGAAUUUUCUCCUCUGCCCUUUCUGUUGUGGUCUGUGGGGGUUUCUCUCUUUUUUAUGGAAAAAAAACAACUUUCUGUUUCUCUCUUUGUGCUCUGAAUGACAUUCCUCUUGCUUCAUUUACACAGAAAAAUCAAAAGACAGAGGGCUAUGGGUAAAUUGGAUAGUGUGUGUUUAUCCGGGGGAUGGGCGGGGGGGCUCGGGGACUAAACAAUGACUUUUUGCUUGCUCGUCUACUGUUCGUUCUGUGCCAAAUGCCUGCCACUGAUACAGCUGGAAUUGCACAAAAUUUUUAGUGAAAGUAACUUUUUUGUAACUAAGGUAAUAAAGCGAAAAAGAUAUAAUGGGUAGCAGGGUAAAGUAUGGAUUUUUUUUAAAAUGCGAAGACAGUUGUGACAAAUCAGUAAAAUCUCAAAGUCUUCCAGGGUUUGGGGUUCAAACAGAAGCAUCAGAGAGGAAGAGACUAAGAGAAAGUCGCAGAAAGGAGAGAAACACUUCAUCUUUGUAUUCUUUCUCACUGAAGGUAAUAACGGAUAAACUGCUAGAAUAUAUCUGUUUGUAGCGAGCGUGAUGAUUGUGAGAAUGACGCGGUUAUUUUCUGUCAUGAUCUUGUUUCAUUUUCAGCUCAGGUAAUCUUUUUCCAACCUUGAAGUUGACCGUAGUCAUGUUGUGAGAGAAUAAGCUGGGAAUAAAUCAAAAAUAUAGAAGCGUAUUUUUAAGUACUUUUUUUAAGCUUUUUGGGUGACAGCCCCACAACCUACACAAUCAAUUAGAAGGUGGCUGGAUUGCAACAUAUUUGGAAAAUCUUCCAUUGGAAGGCAAUCAUGACAUUGCUACACCUCUUCCUUAGCCUAGAAAACUAGACAGACGGUAGCAGAAGCAAAGUGAUUUUGCUUUGCGUGUGGAUCUACGCUCCAUUGUACCCUCAGCAGCCUUGAAGACUCUUGUGUCUUACCAAUCACGGUGCUCUACUGGCUUGGAGGGCCAGUCACAGUGCUCCAUCAUCUUUGCUGACCUGUCCUGGUCUGCCAACGCCAGAGCUCUGGUUAAAAAGGCUCAGCAGCGGCUGCACUUUCUCCUGGUCUUGAGAAGGUGUGGCCUGGAUCAGAAACUGCUGCUGGCUUUUUUUUUUUCUUUAGCAGUGUUUAGCGAACUGUCCUGUUGGCUAGCAUGUGUAGCUGUGAGCACAUCAUAUUGUUCAUUGUCCAACAGCAUGCGGAGACGGUUUGAAAGACAGUCGCAGGUUCUGCCUAUGACGGAGCUCUGUCUAUAGGUCAUUGCCAAACUAUAUACAGAAUAGCUUGCCAGGCUGCAUCUUCAUUCCUAGUUUCCCCACAUUCCCAAGAUGCUCUUCUUUGCCCUAACCACAACAGUAAGUUCUUUUCAAGAUCUUUCCAAGUAAAUAUACAAUCGCACAAUGCCCCAUACUCCUGCCUCAACUGACUUAGACCCUACCAGGGAUGAGCUACUUGCUAAAAGGCCAUGUCACAAUAAAACACAUUGGUAAUGGUGAGAUAGACUCAUGACUUAGACAACAGUCCAAUGCAGCCAGCCCUGCUUCAAAUUUUCAAUGAUCAACCAUGCCAACGUGUGAAAACUCUAAUCUUCCACCUUGCACUGUCCUGGACCCCAAUACGCUGCCACUGUGACCUUGCUAUGGAAGAUCUGUUCAGGUUUUAAAGCCACUGUUGGCUUGUCACACAUGAUCAGGAGCUCUCUGCUUUCUAAGUACAAAGAUCUUACUUAGACUAUCCCGGUUCUGAUUGUUGCUAUGGUGGUUUAAUAGCAAAGAAGGCCUUAUUAGUGUCUUACCAAGCAGACACUCACCACCAAUAACCUGCAGGUGGCACUACAAGACAGUGGAACUCCCUACUGCAAAACUACUUGUGAUUUAUCAGGGUAUUAGUGAAGUUAAUCUCAUUCUCUCACAAUUUGGCCACUUCAUCUGUGUUUGCUGUAUUUAAACACAAUGACUGGACUGCCCCUUUUGCACAGUUCAGAAGGGUUGGAGAAAUGGUGUCUGGGCAUGGAAAUCACCAACGUCCUGUAUGUGUCACUCCUUUCAAUGUAUACUGGUGUGUUUCAAUGUGUGCCUCAAAAGUCAACACUGGUCAUCAACACACACCACAGUCUACCCCAACAUCACUGUUGUUUUUGAGUUGACCUGUUUUACCGGAAGGCCUAUCACUUGUUGACCAGAGAAUGCAUUGAAAACAAACAGAAGUGAAACAAACUGCCUAUUAGUGUCUUUCCAGCCUUAGUGGGAUGUCACAAACAAGUCUUUUUCACACGAAAAAUCUGAACGCAGCCAGGUAUGUAGCACCUGGUUUUAGUGUAUGUGUGAGCAUGAGUGAAUGUGUUUCUGACUUUGAAUUACUUGUUGCUCACUUUGUUUUCUAUAAUUUAUGUCUGGAAAUCCAUUUUGAAAUUUAAACUAUUUCUGUCAAAUCAUUGUAAGUCUGCAAAGAUCUGUGUUUCUAUAUGUAUGUGUGAGUGUGUGUGUGUGUGUGUGUGAGUCAACCCCCUGAAUGAAACAUUUAAUGCCUGAACAUUCUUUUUCCAUCUUUGUGCAAAUGCUCCAGUGCAAUCCACUAACACGCUAGUAACCACACAAACUUUUCAAAAAGCAAUGUAAAGUCGCUACGGGGAAGAAAAAAAAAGUAUUAUUUUUUUUGUUUGUUGUUUUUAUUUUUUAAGUAUAAAUGAUUUUAGAAAAUGGAAAAAAAAUAUAUAUAUAUAUAGUUCCAGAAGUGCAUGUGCUAUGUGCAUGCCACACCGUGGGUUAAAAGUCAUCUUCAGGACUUAAAAGAAAAAGCACAUUAAUUCAGAGGAAAAAAAAGAAAUAUAAAUAGAUAGAUGUUUUUAAAAAAAACAAUGUUUCAGUUUUUUCUUCUAUUUUUGAAAACAAAAAUUGUAAAAAAAAUUUAAAAAAUUAUCAAAAAAGUGAAAACACUGACGAGGCUUUGGUGAGAGUCAAAGUCUUAUUUCUUUCCUUCAUUUCCAUGGCGUUGAGGCAUAACACAUCAAUGUUCAGGACACCACGAGAAAAAAAAACAGUUUUUACUUUAAAAAAAAAGACACAGGUCAGGAGGUGGUGUGUUGUUCUUUCUACUCGUGUGAGUGUCAGGGGUGCAGGAGCUGGCCAAAUCUGUUGAUGUACUUGUUCUAACUGGCUGUUGGACCUUUGAUCUCUCACUCAGUGCAUCUUUUUAGUUCUCUCUCUCUCUCACUCUUUCACACUCUCAGCCAGUCUCACCGCUAUUUCUACCAGUGCAUUUUGUAAUUCCAAACAGAACUCUUCCUAAAGAAUAAAAAUCCAGAGAGAAUGCA